AUGCUGGAAAGGGCAGCAGCUACCUUUGAGUCGGGCAAACUUCAACGGGUCCUCCCCCGGGCUACACACAUCUCGAGGAACAAUGCUGCUGGUUUCCCUCAGCAACAUGGACGCCUGCUGACUGGGCUCCCGCGCAGCCAUUCAACGCCGUCCAGCCACCAGGUUGUUCCCCCUGAUAGGGAGCCUCAUCCUCGACAUGCUUGUCCCCGUGGCGAACCGACCGACCCCCUCGACUUCCUCUACCCCAAGCCCACUCACGCCCUCCUGCGACAAAACCGCCAUGACUUGGCAAGACCUCACAAGGCACUCAAUGUUCUGAGUAAGAUUGAUAACUUGUGUAUCAAGUCUCACGGCGGGAAGCGAUUCAAUUCGAAUGGGACGGCAAAAUCUCCAGGCAACACAGAGAACAAGUGGGAUGACACAGAAUCCCAGCAGCCUGAAGCUCAAUUGUUAUCUGUCAUUAAAAAUGGCAAAGCUGAAAGCCAAUGGGAUCUUAACAUAGGGCUUAGAACGAAGGAUAUGUUCGCCAUCCAGGACGAGAAGGAGCUCAAUACGACUGUGGACGCCGUUGCACUCACCGCCGAGGAGGAUGUCAAUCGUCUCCCUAGCCCGUCCUUCCAUUCGAUAAGCAACUCUCUGAACGACUUGUUGGCAGAUCCUGAUGGAAAUAGUUACCACGAUGUUUGGGACCUAUACUGCCGGUUGAACAUGGUCGAGCAGAUCCUCCUUCGACCCCGAGUUGUUACAUAUCUCUCAAGAUCGCGCAGUGUUGUCGAAGCCGGGCGUUCGAAUUCUCUCAUUCGGCAGGUUGAACUGGAACAAUGGGAUGACGAAUUUCUAUCCUCAGCAGUGCUUGUCUAUCUGAGGUCUGACCAGCAGCAGGCGGCUCUUGAUAUCUUCAAGACUGGAGUGGAUGCCAAAGGUCUGGUUGGAGGUAUCGAAUAUCUCAUCGUGGAUUCGGUUAAUAAACAACAGUGGGCCGUUCUGUUAGAUGCUUGGAUAACUUACUGCGAGCAUUGUGCAAGGAUGCCCGGCAAUGCCAGUCAAAAGCCUGAUGAGCACCUCUUGUCCCCGUUUUCGUCGUUGUCAAACCUGGGAGCUCUCUACUACUCGUUCGAAAGAUACCUAGUGAAAGACCGGAGAAAGGUUGAGCGGAAACUUGACAGGUCUGCUGUCUCCAAGUCUGGCUUGCGUAUCCUCCGGCGACGAUUUGCAGAAGAGGCUUUGGCCCAGCUGUGCCCACCUUCCCAAGCGUCCACCAUCCUGGCUUUCUGGAGAGAUGGCAUAUUGUAUGACCACUAUCUUACCAAUAUGUUUGAUCAAUGGUACAUGAAAAAGAUUUCCAAAGCUACCGCCCGCACGCUCUUGGGCAUUUACCAGGCAUUCAGGAAGCUUCCAGGAGCAAAGCCGUCCCAUGCUGUCUUGCGAGGAGUCUUCAAACUACAGUUUCACGACCUCAGUCCUGCACCCCUCGAACAGCUUCGUGGUGACUGGAUCCGGUAUUGGGGAGAAUUGAGCCAGUGGGCCUAUGAGAAAUAUCUAAAGCUGUACGCCUUUCGCGGAGACGUGGAUCGUGUACGCCAGCUAUGGGAUAGUUACGUACAGCAAUACCCCUCUAGCGUAGAAACUCCACGGGGUUUCCGAAGCACAAUGAAUGUCUACGCACAGAAUGGAGACAUUGCGGGGGCCGAGAAGGAACUCGAUAGGAUUAUCAACCGUUACGAUGUUGAGCCUGACCUGGACAUUUAUAACACGCUCCUUAAAUGUUACAUGAGGGCCAAUGACUACCAGAAGGUUUUGGCCUACUUCGAUGAAAUCUCUGAGAAGCAAACCCCGGAUUCGUUUACAUAUGCACACGUCAUGGCUAUGGCCUCAAAAUUGGGUGAUCUAGAUAUGACCAUCGAGUUUUUCAACAAGUCUCAAGAACACCACGUCCCACUUUCAAGAGAAAUGGGGCUGUCUCUAGUGGUAGCAUACUGCAAAAACGAUGGCUUGGUCGAAGCCGAAAAUGUCUGUGUUGAGCUGGCGCAGCGAGGGGCCUGCAGCACGGCAGUCUGGAAUCAGCUCUUGCAUUAUAAUGGCAUGUACAGACGGCUGUCAAAGUGUUACCUAUUGUUAAAUCAAAUGAAGCAAUCCGGAUUUGAGUGGGACCAGGAUACCAUCGGCUGCCUUUUACGAGCCUUGAUUAGGGUCAAUCAAGUUGGACCUGCAUUUGUGGUUGUGCGAGAUGCCGUCAGGGAUGGGCUGCGUAUUUUGCAGCCGGAUCACUUUUCCAUGGUCAUGUCGGGAGCUGCUCGGAGUGGUGAUCGUGGCAUAGCAGAGAGCUUGAUGAAAUUGAUGGAACAAAACUCCAUUCCCGUACCCUUCAACGCUCAAGUGGCAUACUCCUACGUCUCUCUCAAGGUAGCGCCAAAUACCACGCGCACACCCGCUUUGAUAAAGAGCAUGGUCGCCUCGCUGCGACCUUCCGACCCGAACACUAAACUCAAUGUUGGGGAUGUCAGGCGGCGAAAGCAAGAUGCGGCAAGCAUGGGGCGAGCGGUACUACUCCUGACCGAGUUCCGUGAGUUCGUCAGUGUCGGGGAACUAUUAACGAUAUUCACCGAUAUGUUCCCACAGUACAAGACAGGUGAGCCGAUGCCACAAGACAUCGUCAGUGCGUUGAUGCUUGCCUAUCAUCGGGACGAGAACUACGACCGGGUUCAUGAAGUAUGGAGAGCAAUGUGGCCCAAGAUACUCGAUCGCUACGUAAAAUUGGGCACUAAUGAGGUUUAUCCUACUCAUCAAUACGAUGUAACGAUGAUCAUCUCCCGCUUGGCUCAGACAUUUGCUGCCCAGAAAGAUGGGGAUGGGCUGGCUGAAGUCGUGAGGCAAGUCACUCGGGUUGGAUUCAAGCUCACUUCGAACACCUGGGAUCGAGUAAUUCGCUGCCUGGCGCAGUUCGGGCAAUGGGAAACAGCGAUGGACUGGUGCGAGAGGCUUCUCAUGCCUCAGUGGCAAGGCAUGAACCCACCCAAGCUGCCUUUAAAUCAGCGACGCGAACAAAUGCAUCCCAGCAUCCUCCAUCCCAGGAAGCCCAUGAUCAUGGCGUUGCAAAAGGAGUGGAUGGAAGCCCGGAAACUUGGUUUAUGGUCGGGAGAGAUGUCGCGUAAACUUAUCGACAUGGAGGAAAAGUACCCUCUCCUGCAUCGUGCUUUCGCCGAAUCGAAAAUCUCGGAUCAGUCUGACCGCUGGGUUUUCGGAAGCGAGGCUGAGCUGGACAAGGCCAUCUAUGCCUUGCUCAAGCCGCUACCCCUGGCAGAACUACUCCGGAUGGAGAAGGCUCUGGAAAGACAAAUUAAGCUUAAGCAGCUGGAAGCUGGGCCGGACGACACUCACUUCCUCAGGGUUGAUGAGGAGAGCCUUACCCCUAUGGCGCUGCAACGUGCCGAGUUGCAACAACUUCGGUCCGUCUUGCAAACAACCCUCAGUGCGAGACAAGAUCCGGAGGCAGACGACUUUGAUGAGCUAGACGAGGCUACCGUGCCGCAGUAG